AUGUGGAAUUUAAUUAAUUAUAACAAUGAAAAUGAGUCUAAUGCAAAUGCCACUUUUUGGAGUAUCUUCGGAUAUGAAGAUAAACCAAACGAAAGUAUAACAAUUAAUGAAAAUGAACAAAAGGAAAAUAAUUUAAAAGUCGAAAAUAAUAUCGAACCAGAGUCUCUUAGUGACAAUACAAACAAAGAUAUUCGAAGGAAAAAGAAAAAAAAAAAAAACAAACUCAAAGAUAAUAUUGAUAAAUCACCUUUCCUCAGUGAUAUUAGCGCUUAUGCAGAUUAUUGUACUAGUGAUGAUGUUACUGAUAAAUAUUCAUUCAAUGAAAAUAAUGAUCAUAUGAUAUCGACAAAAAAUAAUAAAAAUAAUUAUUCAAAUGAUAUAACUGAAAAGGAAAAUGACCUGACCGUACAGGAAGAAAAAGAACUAAGAGGUGAUCAAGAAAAUGACCUGACCGUACAGGAAGAAAAAGAGCUCAUAGGUGAGCAAGAAAAUGACCUGACCGUACAGGAAGAAAAAGAGCUAAUAGGUGAUCAAGAAAAUGACCUGACCGUACAGGAAAAUAAGACAGAAGGAAUGGUAGAAGAAAAUUAUAAUAAUAGUUCAUUACCAUAUGCUAAUGAAUGGUUAUUUGAUAAAAUAAAAGAAAUAUUAGAUCCUUCUAUAAAUCAAGAAAGUAUAAGUGAAUUAUUGACACACAAAUAUAACAGUUUUAAUGAAGCGAAUACAGGGAUUUUUGAUUUAUUAGAGAAUUUAUUAGUACGUAGUGGAAGUAACAAUCAGGAGAAUAUGGAGAUUAGUAAACAAAAAAAAGGUAAUUAUUCUUAUAAUCAUUAUAAUUCGAUGGAUGAAUCAAUAAAUGAGCAUUAUAAUUUUAUUAAUUAUUCUAUUCAUUGUAUUAAUAAAGAAUUAUCUGCAAACGUUGAGUUAGAAGCUACCAAAAUGAUGAAAAUUUAUAAUCAUUCAUUGAACAAAUAUAAAAAUUAUAUCAAUUUUAAGGAUGAUAUUUAUCAAGACUUAGUAAAUGAGGGAGAAGAAAUAUCAACUUUAAUAUUUGAUGAAAAUAAAAAAAUUAAAAAAAGGAUUCCAAAAAUUGAUUUUCUUGUUUUAAUUAAUAUUAAUAGUGAGAAUUAUAAUAAUAUUAUUGAAUCUCAUAACAUACAAACACCGAAAUUAAAUUUAGAAGAGAUCUUUAAAAUUAACUUAAUAUAA